AUGUAUUUUACUGCAGUUUCUCAUUUGUCUCUUUUUUCAUUUAUUUUCAUAUGUUCUGUAUUUUGCAUAACUACUAUUGGUAUUACAAUCUCUUUGAUGUCUUAUGAAUUUUCUUCAAUUGUGGAUAUUGUAAAUUUUGAAAUGAAAAAUUUUAAUAAUGAUGCUAAUAUAGCUUUCGAAGUUCUAUUAUCUUUAGAAAGAGACAAUGAUAAUUUUAAUGUAAUAUUUAAAAGAAAAAUAGAUAAUAUUGAAAAAUUAACAAAUGAAAAUAAAGAAGUAUUUUUUGGAUUUUUAGAAAAUAAUAGAAGGCAAAAAAAAGAUACAAAUAACAAUGACCAAAUAGCUGUUGAUGCAAGUUAUUUAUUACAGGAAAAUUACAACAACUAUGGCAAUGAUAAAUAUCCUGUACCACAAUCAUUUGUUACAGCUGUAAAUAAUAUAUUAACCACAACACUUGAUGAUGGUUAUGUUACACCAUCAAGUCUAUUACCUGAAAAUAUAUAUAAUACAUUACCACCUUCAAAUACAUAUAUUAAAAGUAAACCUGAACAAUGUCCUCUAGAAAAUACAAUAAAUCCUGCUUGUCCUCCUGGUCCUCCAGGAAAAGAUGGUAAAGAUGGAUAUCCAGGUUUCCAUGGUGUACCAGGAAUUCCAGGACGUGAUGGUAUUAAUUCUAAUAGCAAUGGAAUGUAUGUGGAUAAAGAUAUUAGUAUGUGUUUUCAAUGUCCAGUUGGAAGUCCUGGUCCAAAAGGACCAAAAGGACAAACUGGAAAUCCAGGAGCUAAAGGAGCUAUUGGUGCUCGAGGUCAAGCUGGAAAACCAGGUAAUAAUGGUUAUCCAGGAAUACAAGGAAAAAUGGGACCACCAGGUAUGAGAGGUAAACAAGGAGAAAGGGGAAAACAAGGUAAAGAAGGAUAUCAUUAUUAUGGCUUACCAAAAAAAGGUCCAAAAGGUAUACCUGGUAAGCAAGGUCUUGCAGGAAUGCCAGGGAUUCCUGGUUUACAUGGAAGUCGUGGACGUACAGGAGUUCCUGGUCCUCGAGGAAAUAGUGGUUUAAGAGGUAGAGUUGGUAAACCUGGAAAAAAAGGUCCUCAGGGACCAGUAGGAACGGUAGGACCAGAUAGACUCUAUUGUGAAUGUAAAGGAAGAUCUAACUAA